GCCAUUGGGCAUGCUGCCGCGAUUCCAAAACACAACGAGACGGUCAACUCUGCCGGCAGCUUCUUACGGCUGCAGAUCAUGUCCAGUAAUCCUACGAUUAGUAUCUUCAAGACCUACCAACCAUGUGCCAGGAGCAACAAUUGCAGCUUGACAACUCAAGCAACUUUUCAAAUGUCCCCGUCCACUAGCAAUAACAAGGCUCACAGUGUUCUUGGAAGGACCAACGAUCUUGAUAGAUUAUAGCUUCUUUCACCACAUGCAUGGACGCCAAUCACCGCAGCUAUCUAUUAGCCAAUUGUAGUGUUGCAACGUUGUUGGCUUCUGCAAUCUUGUGUCAAUGUCCUGGGAGCUAAAACAAAGAAAUGUAUUCUCUCUUUGCAAAGCCUAGAGACAACAAAAAGUUUUGGCCUGCGUCCUUACUCCCAGCUGUAUUUGAGCGCACUCAAAACUACUCCAGGCAUCAACUUGCGCCGAUUAAAACGUCUUGCAGCAUUAAGCCAUCUGGGGCGUAGACUCACUCUGGAGCACUUGGGCAAGCGCCGGACUAACUUAUCAAGCAUAAAGAGAUCUUCCAUCACGGUUCCGUUUGUCCACUCCGACUUAUCAGCCAAUGCCAAGUGGCUCAGCUCUGGCAGCGUUCCGAGCAAAGGAGCACUAUAGAGAUCGUCCCAUGAACAACCCAAAUCCACAAUCUUCCCCAUAUCUGGUAAAAGCAAAGGCCAAUCUUGCUUCCAAACUGGAACAGGCAACUGUAGAGUGGUUAGAGAAGGGCAGCACUUAAGGAGAGAUGCCACGCCCUGAAUCAAGGAGCUAGAGCAAUUAUCCAGGCUUUCCAUGAGAGGGGUCGACAUGCUUAAUUCCUCCAGCAAAGGGCAGUGCUCUGACAUGACAGAGGGAAGGGGGUUCAAAUACUCCGCUGAGUACCCUGUCACUCUCAAGGACCGCAAGGCAAGGGCAGUUCUCUUGAGCAGUAAUGGUCGAAACAACCCCCAGAGUCAAGUGAGAGCUGGAGAGGGCCAGGCACGUAGGAAGACUUUAAGAUGUCGGUCCGGCAAAAGCCCCCCCAACGAGGUUGACAGGAGCGAUGCCCCUGUCAAGUUCCGUCCAGCACAGGAGCAGGACAUGGCCCAGAUCCAGUGGCUGAUUCUAAAAGAAGCAAUGAACCCCCUCAACCUUCUCCGUGACCGCUUUCUGGUGGCCGAGGACGCUGCAGGUCAGCUGGUCGCGUGCGGCCAAGUUGCAAACAUUCCGGGGGAUCCCCCAAUUCAAGAGUUGCGCAGUCUAGUUGUGGUCAAGGAACAUCGAGGCCAGGGGAUUGGGACUAGGCUUCUCCAAGAGCUGCUUGGCCGGAUCGAAGGAGAGGUGUACCUGCUCACGAUUGGACGGGCGAUAAAGUUCUAUCAACGGGCUGGCUUUGAAGAGGUGUCGGAUGUCCCACCACAGCUCAGUUUGGAACUGAAGUUGGGAAACGUUGUUGCGAAGGUUGCCGCACAGGACCGUUGUCUAGUCAUGAAAGCAACGAGAUAAACUGCGAAUUGCUAGUUCUGUUUUUGUGUUUUUGGAAGACGUCCUGAUCUGUGUGCCUUUUUGGCCUGCUAACUCAAGCCUUAAGUUGUAAAGUAUUUCCAAGUUGAAAGAGGACAGUAGUCUCACCAACAGGAUUUGACUUUGGUCCAAGUGUCACCAUAUCCUCCUUAGUUGGGCUGAUCAAAACAAAUGUAGCUACUGUAGAGUAGAAGGCCGCAAGUCCUUCUGCGAGAUCGAUAGGUAUGAGUAUGCUAGCGUGUCCUUCGGUCACAAUAUCUUGUUAGGGUAGUACGUUAAUAAGGCGAGUUGGCUUGCGUGGCCCUACUAGGUAUACAACCAUGAGGAACUGAUUGUUCAAGUCUGACCGUGUGACCUGCACAUGCACUGAAGCAACAUACGACAGAAG